AUGACCGCCCUCGAAUCCAUCCUCCACAAAGGCCCCGCCGCGGGCGACCACAACGCCGGUCUCGAAGACCUCCGCCGUGCCAUCCUCCUCGACGGCAUCCCCUCCAACAGCGAAGGCAUGUCCGAACUCCGCAUCUACACCUGGCUCAUCCUCCUCAACGCCCCACCCCUCCCGCACACCUCCUACGCCGACCUGGUAGCCCAAGGCGCCUCCCCCGUCUACGCCAAAAUCCGCGCCGACACUCACCGCACCCUGACCACGGACCCGCUCUUCCGACGCCGCGUGACGGAAAACUCUCUCACUCGUGUACUCAAUGCUGUCGCGUGGAAAUUGCAGGAUGCCCAUGAAGCGCAUGUUAAUGGCUGGACUUCGCCCCGGGGUCCGCUGGGGGGGAUGAAUGUUCUGGCUGCGCCGUUUUUGUAUGCGAGCCACAGCGAGACGGCGGCGUAUACUGCCUUUUCGACUCUCAUCACGACGCAAGUCCCUGGGUACAUCACCUCCAACAUGGCCGGCGUGCAUCGAGGCUGUGCGCUCGUCGAUCAGAUUCUCGCCGUGGUGGAUCCGAAGCUGGCGGCGCAUUUGAGCAGUAAAGGGAUGACGGCGGAGAUCUACGCGUUCGCGAGUGUUCUCACUUGCUGUGCGUGCACACCUCCUUUGCCGGAAGUAUUGGUGCUGUGGGAUUUUCUGCUGGCGUACGGAGUACAUCUGAAUGUUCUGGCGGUGGUGGCGCAGGUGGUGUUGAUGAGGGAUGGGUUGAUGGGGAGUUCGACACCAAAACCGGACUUUAAGCCGCUCCGGGCGAGAAAAGUGAUUGACUACACGGUCAAUUUCGCGAGAAAGGUGCCGAGGGAUUUGUAUGAGCAGAUGUUGGUGCAUGCGAAGUGA